UAUUGACCUUCAAAGUUUGUGCAUUCCAUUUGACUGUGUAGAUAGAAUCUUUUUGUUUUUUAAAUAUGUCAGAUACGUAGAACCUUAAAAUUCCAAGGGUACAAAAUGUGAUCUUCGUUUUCAUAAAAGGAAUUAUGUAAUUUAGGCUGAAACUUUAAUUAGUUGUGUCUUAAAGGGAUUGUUUACUCAUGCAUCAUAAAUCUAGUCCACAUUUAAAUUCUUCUGAAAAGAACAUCAAUUUUAAGUCAUCAUUUGCUCAUGCUUUUUUUUGUCCCUUUGAAGCUUGACAACUAUUUGUCACCAUCUACUUUUGGGAAUCUGCUCAAUAUCUUCUUGUCUGAAAAAGAUAAUUGCAUGUUUUGGAACAACGUGAGUGAGUAAAUGAUGACAGCGUUUUAAUUUCAGGCCGAACACCCAUUUUCCUUUAAAGAGACACGGUUCAUUUUAGAGGCACACUCUGUUGUAAAUAAACACAGAGCAGUUGGACGUGUCUCUCGGCCAGCGUGUCCGUUAGUGACAGACUCUUUCCACCGGCCGUUAUGUUCUGACGGAGGAAUGUGGCCCUUGAGACCUGGAGCCACACUGCCACCCACUUCAUAACCCACAGACAUCAAUUCUGGGUUUGUGUGUCCUCCGCAGCUUGACAUUUUGUGGGCUUGAAGUGCACACAAGACGGGCUUGAUUUGAGCUCUCAUGCUGUUCCUCCAGUAAUUAACUAGUUCUCUCCUUCUCUGUGGUUUUUUGUGUCUGGGUGAAGAGAGAAAGCGAUUGUUUAUUCUCUUGGUGCCCUUCAAAAAAUUUCCAGAUUCUUUGUGUGCUGUCAUGGAAGAGUAUGUUGUGAAGGACUGAGUGCAAACGAACCUUGGACUCUCUCUGUGUGUGUGUUUGAGUGAACGAGGGGGUUGUAACAAUAGGACCAUUGUAAAUGCUUGGCUGGGAUUGGAUGGGGGUUUGCUGAGCGGCUUCAUUAGUCAAUCUGUGUUUCCCUCUCUCUCUCUCUCGUGCGCUCGUAUCCUCUGCCAGCGGGUCGUUGCAGGAGUUUGUGGUGGGAUUUACUGCGUUGAGGUGUUCAGGUGGAUUGUCUGCUGGCAGCUGGACUGGAUUCAUCUCUGUGUGUGUUUCUCAGAAUGUGGACGUGAAUCUCUCUUUUAAUUAAUGAUGGCGGUUCAGGCUGGUUUGCAGGCUUGCUUCGUUGAGAUGUUUGAUGUCCCGUUACAGAGUCCCCGUGGCCUGCGCUCUCCCCGGCCCGGCCCAGGUCUGGCUGAUGUGUUCCAGUAUGACCAGUGGUUGGCCGUGCGGCACGAAGCCACGCUGGUGCCCAUGCAGGAGGAUCUGGCCAUCUGGCUGAGCGGCAUGCUGGGUGAGCAGGUGACCGCCGAAUGCUUCAUGGAGGAGCUGGACAACGGUGUUAAACUGUGUCGCCUGGUUGGAAUUCUUCAGAGUAAAAUCCCGCAGGACUCGGAAACACAGCUGCUGUCAAAGAAAAUCCAGUUCAAGAAAAACGCCUCCCCUGGAUCGUUUUUCGCUCGGGACAACACAGCGAAUUUUCUGUCCUGGUGUCGUCACAUAGGAGUGGACGAGACGUAUCUGUUUGAGUCUGAGGGUUUGGUCCUGCAUAAAGAGCCGCGGCAGGUGUGUCUGUGUCUGCUGCAGAUCGGACGGAUCGUCUCCAGGUAUGGGAUAGAACCUCCGGUUUUGGUUAAACUGGAGAAGGAAAUUGAACUGGAGGAAAGUCUAAUGAUGACGGAUCACGCAUCUCCAGUAAAAACAUUCACUGUGUGCUGUCAGCACGGAGCCCUGUAUCACGCCGAUCGUGUGGACCAGGACGACCCUCCCUGUAACUGCACACAGAAGUUUUCCAUCGAGUAUCUGUCUGAGGGACGCUACAGGCUCGGAGACAAGAUCUUGUUCAUCAGGAUGCUCCAUGGGAAGCAUGUGAUGGUGCGUGUGGGUGGAGGUUGGGACACUCUGAAAGGGUUUCUGACGAAAUACGACCCCGGCCGCGUGCUGCAGUUCACCACUCUGGAGCAGAAGAUUCUAGCCUAUCAGAAAGGCCCGUCUGGCUCAGGCCCCUCCCACAGCUUGCAGGCCGCACAGCCGCCCACAAUGGACCCCAUCGCAGCCGUUAACCUCCUCCCAGAAUCAUCCUCUUCAUCGUCAUCCUCCUCGACAUCUGUGUCUAAACCCAACACGCCUACACCCGGGUCUCGUGGUGUCGCCCAGUCGCCCGCUUCCACACCCUCGAUGCCUCGCAGAGCCGCCGCACCCAAGAAGAUUUUUCACACGCCCACCGCUUCACCGAAAAUGACCCCUCUUUCAUCGCCCGUCCCGAAAAGAAGCCCGCUUCCCCAGUCAACCCAAAAAGCCCCUUCCGCUGCAUCCAAGACCAAACUGCGCCCGCGUGGAUCUCCGUCUCAACCUCGCAGUCCCGUCUGUCCCGAACCCACCUGCAAGCUGCCUAAACCUUCAGCCCCACCGACAUCUGUGCAGAAACCGGCUCGGCGUGACGCACGCCCGCCUCCCGCACCCGUCCGCUCGCGGCUCGCCCAGAGACGCCCUCCUUCCCCUGCCUCCGCCCUGCACGUAGAGUCCAGGGAGCGCCGUCCUGUUUCCCCACGCUUGGCUCCAAAUGACCCUAAACAGAAGAUUCCUCUCGCAAAACCUUGCAAGAGUAAAUCCGUAGAGCAGAACACGGCUGCUACACGAACCGUUGCGUCUAUCAACGCUAAAACAACCCACAGGAAACCUCUGGUGAGCAGUAACCCUCCCGUCCAGACGCCCGCUGUGACCAGCACGACUAAACCAGCACCUAACAGCACAACCCACAAACACACGGCACGGACUAAACCCAGCAAACGCGACGAACCCUACUUUGAGAUGAACAAUAAGAGAAGAGUAAAGAACUGAGAAUGCUGGGAUUUGUAGUUACGACUGCGGAGCGUCACACUUCAGAUACAGAUUUAUUCGGAUCCCAUAUUUAAUUUUAAGUGAAAACGAGGCUUCGAUGUGUGCAGUAUGUUUGAUUUGUUGUAUUUUUUAACUGUUGAAAGUACAUUUUCAAAAUGCAUUUCUAGUUGCCAAGCUAUGAAAAUGAGACUUUUAAUUCAGAGCAACCUUUUAAACACAUUGCACAUCUGUCUUUAACAGCCCCAUCAUUUUCAUUCACAUUAAGUUAAAUAUGACACAAUCUGUUUGUUUGCUUUUGCAUCUGUCAAAACUUCUCAGGCUUUCAUUUGUGCUGGGAUAUAAAGUAGCGACUGCGGCGCUGAGGGUCACACUUCAUAUACAAAUUUGGUCAGAUGCUAUAUUUAAUUCCAUUUAAAUAAAAAUGAGGCUGUGACGUGUGCAGUCCGUUUAAUUGGGUGUGUGUUUCUAGUGGACAAGCUAUUUAAAUUAGGUUUUUAAUUCAGUACGAUCUAUUAAAUGCACUGCACAUCUUUCUUUAACAGCCUCUUUUUAUUAUUUAAAUUAAAUUAAAUGUGCCAUAAUCUGUUUGUUUUCUUGGCAUCUAUCAAAAUGUUCGUCUCAACCUUCUUUUGUGCCAUACUAAAAAUCAUCAGGCCAUGCCUCGGAUACAUUUUACACGGAUUAACAAGUUUUCAUUUCUUCUUUAGCUACUGUAAUUAUCAUUAUUUUAGCUAAGAGGUUAGAAAGCAUUUAUAGGUUUAGUUUAAGAGUUUGAAAUUAUGCACGGUUAUGCAAAACCCAUAUCAUCAUCAUCUUUUGUGUUUAAUAUCCGUUAAUUUUUUUUUUUAAGUCAGUCCAUUUGUGUUACAUGAUCCGAUUUGACUCCUGAUUGGGUUGUAAAUGUAUUAACGUUACUUAUUAAUACUGUAAACCAUUUAUUCACUGUAUGUCAAUGUAUUCUGAGCUCAUGAGAAAAACCAGCAGAGUGUUAGAAAGGUAAAGCGGUAAGUGUGUGUGUUUAGACUGAUGUCUGUCUUUAUGUAUGAUGUGCUGCGGGGCACACGUGCAAAGGUCUGCUGUCCUGUUUCCACUUCAUAUUUACAUUGAGAGCACUGUUACUGUAUUACAUAAGAGACAUAUGUAGAUGAAUCCACUCUCGUUGUCUGACACCCCAUAAUAUGCAGAAACACCUCUCUAUGGCAACCAAAGCGAAAUUCAUGUUUGAAUCUUGUAUGGCAUCAUUUUCAGAGCACAUUUUAAAAACUAUUUUAGAGUAUUUAGGGUUUUCGACGUGCCUUAAAUUUGUGUUUGUUGGAAUAUAGGUGUGGUUUAUUAUCAAACGCACUUGAAGAACUGUAUUUAGUCAGUUUGGCAGGUACUGCGGUUUAAUUUGUAUGUUUUAAGUUGGUCGAACAGCCAGCUGUUAUUAAAUGAAAUGCUACCUCCUUUACGCCACACAAAUACUACUGACUCCGUCUUGCCCAUAAACACCUGAGCUUUUAUUUUAUUACACUGUCCGAGACAACGCUAAAUAUUUUCCAGUUUAUUCAAGGGUUGUGGUCUAUACAGAAGGGUUAUUAUAAAUAUUAAUUUUAUGUGUUAAGGGUAAUUGUUCUCUUUUUUUCCGGAUAUGGUUCUUUUAAUUAUAUAUUUGUGCGCCAGAUUGUGUGAGAGAGAUUCUUCCAGCACUUUAAGAAAAUGUUUGUUUUGAAUGUAGCUUAUUUCCGUUGUUUUGUUUGU